AUGCAGAUCCUUCUGCUUUUCGAGGUCCGGAUAUCUGAAUGUACAACACCGUCACAAAUUGGUCGUGUGCUCGAUGAAACAACAAACAACUACCGACCGGAAAUGCAAAGUCCUCUCGGUGCCAACAUGGGGAAGGAUAACCAUUCUCAGCUUGACCUACUACGGCAAAAGUGGCCGCCGGCGAGGGUCCUUGCGUGGUAUGUUCCUUGUCGCCUAGUUAUCUGCAACGGCUGGGUCUGGGGAUGA